GGGACGUUUAUGGAAUGUCAGCCAGAUGGGAACAUCUCUCACCGCUUUCACCGGAGCUGUGCCUCUCUGAUCAGAGGUCAGGUCUACUGCCCCCACUGCGGCGAGGAGGCUAGUCAUGCUAAGGAGGUCACGAUCCUCAAACCUGACUGUGUUACUACAGUGCCAACAGCUGCUGUGCCCGCGCACAAAAGAGACACUGCCUUAAUGGACAGGGCUAAAGUAGACUCUGUAACUGUUGGGGGAGCAAUAGACCCUGCUAAAGAAUCACUGGAAAGCGUUUUAAAUGCACUCGAGGAUGGGAAGUAUAAGAAAUUCAAGCUGCCCCCAAAGCAGCUUUAUUUCUCUGCUAAGAGAGGAGAGCUCCAGAGGAUCCUGCAUAUGCUGGGGUUUUUCUCUGUGUGCAGGUUUGCAGGUGAAAUCAUUUCAGAUGGAGAAGCUAAUGUUCGAGAAUAUGACUCGUACAUGUUCAACCUAGACAAUAAGGUUGGAGAGGUCUACUGCAUUGAUGCCCAGUUUUAUGGUAAUGUUAGUAGGUUUAUGAAUCACCUUUGUGAACCCAAUCUAUUCCCGGUACGGGUGUUCACCAAACACCAGGACAUGCGCUUUCCUCGAAUUGCACUCUAUGCAAGCAAGGCUAUUCAAGCUGGAGAUGAGCUUGGGUUUGACUAUGGUGAUCCCUACUGGCAAAUCAAGAAAAAGUACUUCCGUUGUCAGUGUGGCUCUGCAAAAUGUAGAUACUCGGAGACCAUUCUGGGCCAGAAUCACGCAGACAGCUCCGUUCAAGCGCUCGGUGAUCAGACCGUUGCUCAGGUGGAACACAUCCAGUCAGCUAACACAGCUAUAGCAAUAACUCAACCCUGAGCCCUUCACACGUACAACAGGAUAUGCUGAGAUCUUUAACGAAUAAAUA